GAAAGAUAAAUUAGAAAAAAAAAAAACAACAACUUUUAUCACGUGUUAUCAUUUAUGUAAAUUUAGUGGUGUCAGUGUUUUGCCUUGAUUUGAAAUUUUCAACUAAAAAAAAUUAAUUUGAAUUAAAAAGUAAUAGACAAUGGAUUUUCUUGAUGAUGACGAAGAUCUUUUUUAUGAGGAACCAUCUGUUGAAACGUCAAUUCCUCAUAAUCCAAUUGAGGAAAAUCUCAUGAACCAGUUGAACACUGUCCAGGAGCAAAUAAGAAUUGCACAAAAUGAAACAGUUCAAACACAAGAAUUAACUGAUAGAAUAUUAGAUAAAUUAUUUCAAAAAUGUCUAUACUUGAGAGAUGAAAGUUCUGACUCUGAGACCGAGCUGUAUGAUGAAACUGGAGCACCAGUUGCCAAAAAAAAAUGUAAAAGAAAUAAUCACGAUCCACUGUUGAUUAUCGAUGACAUUUGGCACAGAAUUAUUGACCACAAAUGGAUUAUUGGUAUUAACUUGAUCAACAAUUCUAAGCAAAUUUUGAGGGAUCCAAUGAUCUACAUCAGUUUGAAGGAUGAAGAUGAAUUAACUGGUAUAACAUCAUUCUGGGAAAUGGAUAUGGAUUCAUCAUCAACAACAAAAACAAAUGAAAUUGGUCAAACACGUGAUUGUCAAACAAUUGGAAUUGUCAUAUUGGAUAUUCCUUGUUUUAAAAAUUCAUCAUGUGCCAUUGGUUUUGGAACAAUAACAUUUUCUCUUGAAGGAAAAAAUCUUCAAUCACCAAUACCAAUGUUUAAACUUGAUGCAUCACAAGCUAUUGUUAAAAUAUUAACACCACGUUAUGCUGAUAAUAUUGAUUACAGUAUACUAGCAAUUAAAUCAUCGAGUAUUGAAAAAAUAUUUAAAUUACCAAUGAAAAAUGGUGUUGGUGAUAAAUUACUUACAUAUCUUGCUGAUAAAGAUUUUGUUGAAUCACGUCCUGAUGUAUAUGCAUCUAAAAAUCCAGAAUCAUUUCGUUAUUGUUUAGUUGAAUUUAUCAUGCAAGAAUUUGUUGAUGGAAUUAAUAUAAAAAUUUAUACACGAACAACAUCACAACAAAAUGCCAUGAUGCAUAUGUUUCAAACUGAAUUUCCUGAAAUUAUUGAAAUUGAUAAAGAUGAAAAAAUUAAAGAAGCUGCAAUGAUUCUUGAACGUGAAAUUGAUUUGAGAAUUAAUUCAAAUAAUAAUUGUAAAAUACUUGCAGCUAAAAUUACUACUGAUUUAUUUAUUCAAUAGUUGUUUUCUUUUUUUGUUUACUUGUUUUUCAAUGCAUUAAUUUGAUUAAAGAAAAUAACGGCGAUAAUUAAUAAUUGUAUUAUUAAUAAUUAGUAACAAGUAUUAUAUUUUUCAAAUUAUUUAUUUUGUUAAACUAUAUAAAGCACAUAUUUUUAUAAUAGAUGUUGCGAGUGAAUAAAGUGAGUGAGAUGUGAUUAAUGGAACUCGCUGAGCAGUUUUUUUAUUAUUCUCUUUCUUUACAUAUUUACUUUUUUUUUUUAAAUUAUUUAAUUUCAUUGCUGAUUAAAAAAUAUCAUCAUUAUGACCGGCACAUCACACAAUAAUUCAACACUCAAUUUUAUAUCUCUCGUAAAUUUAUUUUACAUAUUUAUUUGUUGUUGUUUGAAUUUAUUAACAUGUGAAGAUUUUAACAAUUUGAUUAGUCUAUCGAAAAUCGAAAUGUAACGAGUGAUGCUUGAACAAUUAUUCAACGAAAUAAUUUUUAUAAUUUAAUUUAUUUAUUAUUUUGUCUGAUUAUUAUUUCGAAAGAAAUAAAACAAUGUGAAUAUGCCGGAAUAUUGAUAAUGAUGAUACGUAAUAUCGCAUUUGCAUUCAAUUCAACGAAUUUUUUAUUAUUAUCAUUUCUUGCUCUCGUAUUUGUUAUCGUAUUUUUUAUAAUUUUAUUUUCAUGACAUUAAAAAGAGGUAGAUGAGUGACAGGGUUUGUUUGUUAUUUUAUUUUUUUUUUAAUUUUCAUGUUGAUGACAAUAAUAAUACUAAUACUCGUUUAACAAUUGUGUGUGAUUUUUAUUUUAAUUAUAGUUUUUUUUUUAUUUUUUAGUUACACCUUUUGUCGAGCACCAAACUCCCGAGCUUUUAAUUUUGUUUUUUAAAUGAAAAAAUUCUAGUUAAAGUAUCGUUUUUAUCAUCAUCAGGAUAAAUUUUUUAUUUAUAUAUAUUUAGUUUGAUCAAUCGAUGAUUCGAUACGUUUCAUUUUUUUUUUUUACACUCUAGAUAUCGUUACUUAAUGGCUCAGUCUAUCUAGAAUCGCGAAUAUCACUAAAUUUUAUAUAACAGUAGUAUGGCAAGUUGUUUUUUAUUUAUUUUUUAAUUUUUUAAAAUUAUUUAUUCAUCAUCAUUAGAUUUCAUUUCCAUCUGUGGCUUACGUGCAUUUUUAAAAUUAAUAUUAUUCCAAUGAUCAAUUGAAAUUUAUGUUUCCUAAAUUUUUUUUAUUUUUUUUUUCAUGCAAAAAAGAAAAAUAAAUGGGAAAAUAAUGUUUUUUUUUCUAUUAGAAAUUUUGGAUAUUUGUUUUUCUAUUGUAUUAUAAUUAAUUUAUUGUUUCUAAAAAUUAAAAUAUCAAUUAUUUUUAUAUUAAGGUGGCGUUAAGGACCAUGUCUCGACGCUAUCACAAAGUAUUUGCAAGCAUUUGCUUAUUAAAAAUACUUCCUCAGCCACAAUUCGUGAAUAAUAAUUUUAAACACACAUUCAAUUAGGCCAUAAACCUUCGAACAAUAUUUUUUAUUAAUAUAUUUUUUGUGUCAAAGUUAUUAAACACACUCAAAUCAUUUCACUAACAUUUUCCCUUUUAUUAUCAUUUUUCAAUUAAUUAUAUAUUUUUUUUUAAAUCAUCAAUUAAAAUCAUAUUCUCAAUAAUUAAUUAUUAUUUUCACUUGUUUAAAUAAAAAUAAAAGUGAAUAAAUUUUUAUUUUUUAUUUUUAUUAUCAUCACUAAUUAUUUAUAACUGUCUUUUAUAUUUAUAUUUCAUUUUUUUAGUUAAAUUUAUUUUCAUUAAAUUUAGUCUUUAAUAAAUUCGGCUGCUAAUUAGUUCGGUGUUUUUGUGUGCUCAAGCUCAAAAGCGAUUGAAAUUAUAUUUCACAAUUAAUUUCACAUUGUGAAAUUACUUUCUUCAGGCAAAAUUAUCAUAAUUUAUUAUUUUAUUUCAUCUAUUUGUUUAUUUUUUUUUUAAAUUUAUCUCUGAUAUAUCUGAAGGUUGGCAAAUGAAAAUAAUUGUUAAUAAAAUUAACAAAAAAAAAUAUUGUCAAUUAAGCAACUCUUUAGUGAUCGUAUUGAUGCUUAACACGUUGAAAAAUAAAUCGUAGAAAAUACAUAGGAAAUCUGACUUCGUAGAAAGCACAGCCAAGCUUGGAACACUCAAGAGUUGCUUAAUAAAUAUUUGUAUUUUUGAAGUAUUUUUUUUAUACAUGAGUUAACUAAAAUAAUCACCAGAUUUUAGCUGGAUAAUACUAGUAUUUAUUAAAUAUAUUUUUAAAAUUUUAACUGAGAAUCUUAGUGUUAUUUUUCUAUUUUUUUUUUAUAUACAUCAUUAUUCUCAAGUUUAAAUAAUAACAAAAAUCUAUCAGUUAAAGUUUUCUUUAAAAAUAUAUUAGAGACAACAAGUAAGAUGAAAUAAGAAAAAUGAAAAUAUAAAUUAAAUAUCUUGGCUGUAAAUUUUCAUUUGCCACCCUUUGUUUUUUUUAUUAUAUUUUUUUUUAAUUUUAUAUAUAUCUUUCUUCAUCACAGAAAACGUCAUGCUCUACUUUAGGUUUAUUUAUGAUUUAUAUUUAUUUUUUUUCAUUUUGAAAAUCAUUAUUUUUAAUUAUUAUUAUUAUUAUUAUUUCGUUUAUAAUUCAUGUAUAUAUAUAUAUUUGUUUAAUUAUUUUGUUUUUCGUUUUAAAAAGAGCCUUGCGAAAUUUGCAGUUUUUUUUUUUUUAAUUUUUUUCUAUCACAUGCACACCCCCUCAGUGAGAGUAUAAUCACUAUUUUUUUUUUUUUUAAAUUUAAAUGUUUUUUCAUUUAAAACCAGUGUUUUAAUUAUUAUUAAUUUUUUUUUUUUAAUUUUUACUUUUAUUCCGCCAAUUGCACUACGUUAUUUCUAGGCACGGUUUUUUUUUCGUGAAGAUAAAUUAGAGGCGUGAGGCCGCGUAGUUGUAUUUUUUAUUAUUUUUUUUUUUUUGAAUAACUUAUUAGUCCAGCCUAGUUUUUUUCUUUUUUUAAAUAAUUAGUUAUAUUCAUUUUUUUAUGUACAAGACAAUCUGCGUUUAUUGUGUGAAAAAGAAAAAACAAAUAAAUUAUUAAACGGUCAAACAUAUGCAUGUCUUAUUGUUUAUUAUUAUUAUUAUUAUUUUCGAAUUAUUUAUUUAACAAUUUGAACAUGCAUAUGUACACACAAAUUAACGCAGAUUUAUUUAUUUUUUAUAUUUUCACUAUUAUAAAUUACAGCGGUUAGAAAACGAUCGAUUAUUCAUCGUAAGGCUAGAGUUUUAUUUUUUAUUAAUUUCUUUAUUUUUUCUACCUUGGUUAUUAUUAUUAUUAAUUAAUUAAUUAAUUUUUUUUUUGUAUUAUUUGAUACUCAUUUUAAUUGUUACGUUUUUAAGAUUUUUUUAUUUCUUAUUUAGUUAUUUUAUUUUUUUUUUUACAACUUUUAUUAUUUAUUUUUUGCAAAUUAGUUUUUUUCAUUCAUCUCGACUUUACCUAUUUUGAUGAAAUAAAUUAUUACUAAUAAUGAAAAAUUUUUUUUUAUAAUUUAAAAAGUUGAUGGAUUACAUGUUGAGUUUAUUUUUUUAUUUUAACAAUUUAUUAUGAGUAUCUGAUAUGAUACGAGGGCAUUAUCUCCAAUCCUGGGAAUUUAUUCACAUGAAUUCUGUCAAUCUUUUUUCGACCACCACAAUACAAUUUACCCCUGGGUAUUUAAAAACUUUUUUUUUUUUUUAUCACUUAUCUUUACUGCUAUGUAAUAUCUUACCGAGAAAAUAUUAAUUGUUUUUUUUUUUUUAGCCUGAUGUUGUUUGAAUGAAAGUAUAAACAAAUAUGUGAUUAAGUGAUAUUUUUUUUGAUAAAUUUAUAACUGAAUGGAUCAAGUCGAGUAUUGCUAUUGAUG